GGGAGAAAGAGAGAGAGAGAGGUAGAGCGCCACACACAACGAGGGAACCCCAUCAGCUGGAAGUCGAGUAACAUUACAACUCUCAGCAGCCUGAAACUACUACAUUACACAGACGAGGGAUUUGGAUCUUCUUUGAGGAUUUAACUCACGUCGCAUCAUUGCAUCUCGUUCCUUAACGUCAUCAUUUUCUUUUAAUCUACGGACACUAUUUUUGCUUUUUUUUUGGGGAGGGGGGACCAAAACUGGCGAGAGGCGAGCAUGGAGUAUUUUAUGGUACCAGCUCAGAAGGUGCCCUCCUUGCAACAUUUCAGAAAAACGGAGAAAGAAGUAAUCGGAGGUCUUUGUAGUUUGGCCAACAUUCCUCUUACACCAGAAACAGCCCGGGACCAAGAGAGGCGAAUUCGUAGAGAGAUUGCCAACAGCAAUGAGCGUCGGCGUAUGCAAAGCAUCAAUGCUGGAUUCCAGUCACUUAAAACACUCAUCCCACACAGUGAUGGGGAGAAGCUCAGCAAGGCUGCCAUCCUGCAACAGACAGCAGAGUACAUUUUUACUUUGGAGCAGGAGAAGACACGGCUAUUGCAGCAAAACAGUCAGCUCAAACGAAUCAUACAAGAGUUAAGUGGCUCCUCGCCCAAGAGAAGGCGUGCAGAGGAGAAGGAUGAAGGGAUCGGCUCUCCAGACAUCCUAGAGGAGGAGAAGACUGAAGACUUGAGGAGGGAGAUGAUCGAGCUGAGACAGCAGCUGGAAAAAGAACGCUCUGUCAGGAUGAUGCUUGAAGACCAGAUGCGGUCCUUGGAUGCCCAGUUGUAUCCUGAGAAACUGAAGGCAAUUGCACAACAACUGCAAGAGCAGCAAGCCCAAACACAGGGCCUGGUCCGUCUGCAGCAGCAAAAGCAGCUGGAGAGGGACCUUACUCCAGCCCACAGCCCACAGGUGAUGGCCCCAGCUACCCCCCCUGCACCCACACACCAUGCCACUGUCAUCGUCCCUGCACCUGUCCAGCCUCCUCAGCCUCAUCAUGUCACCGUGGUAACCAUGGGCCCAACUUCUGUUAUCAAUACAGUGUCCACAUCCCGACAGAACCUGGACACUAUUGUUCAGGCGAUCCAGCACAUUGAAGGCACCCAAGGGAAGGGUUGUGUUGGCGAGGAGGAGCAGCGGAGGGCGGUCAUCGUCACUUCGGGGCGCAUUCUCUCUGACGCAGCGGGCUCAGACACAGCCUCAAACAGCGACGGGCCUGACGACUGUUCACUGCCCUGAGUUCACCGCUGAUGUUUUGCAUGCCGUACAUACACCUUCACACAUACACAAACACAAAAGGCCCGCGUAGACCUGGGCUACAGGAGGGGACAGACCCAGAGCACUCUUGUUCAGUGGACAUUAAUAGGGCUGGUAGACAGUUUAAAGCACUCUUUUUCUUUUUUUUUUUUAAGUAAACACUCUUACUUUUUGUACCGUGGUAGGCAGCCCGAAUAGGUUUACACUUAGACACUCAUAUAUGCAGUCUCAUCUGCAUCUGUUUUCUGCUAAUCUCUUGCCCCCUGCGCUCUCACAUACAUAAACACAAACCCAUUUCUAGUCAUAAUCAGUAGAAAGGUUACUAGUGCGUUAACUUCACUGAGCGAUCUCUUAAUUUCUGUCAAAAGCUCAUCACUAGCACCCCUUCCAUACUGGAUACUAGCAUUUUGAAUGUCUGCUAAACACUUGCAUUUUCUAGUACGGCUUUUCUGUGUAAAUGGCUCUGAAGCCAUGUGACUGGUUGAGGAUAAAGUCAAAGAAGAGCCUGGCCAUGUGAUGUCAUUACUACACAAUACCAGAGUAUUUCUUUUAAGGUGAACAUCAUUCACACUUCCUUCUUUCCUUGACCUAAAUGAGCUGUUUUGGAGAGACACUGUGAGCUUACAAGUCUGUCUCAAAGUUCCACCAGUCAGACUUCUAUAAGAAAGGCAAUGUUAUUUUACUUUAAGUGUUCCUUUUCAUGUUUUGUUACUCUAGGACUCUCUCUAAGCUAGCAGUUGAAAUUGAUUGUACUGGAAAAAAAAACUAAAAAGCACCAUGAUGACAGAGGUUUAAAAGCUGUUUUCAUGGCUGAAUGGUGCUCGCAGGAAAUGAAGCAAAGCUUAGGAGAAGCGCGUGCACUCAUCAGUUCACAACUCUAUUAUUUUUUUGUUUGUUUGUUUGUUGCCAUUUUUUACUGGGCUGGGUUCCCAGUAAUCCCAUAUAUGUAUUUGGCAUGUUCCUCAUUUUACUCACAGCCUGAUGUGAAUCAGUGCUUUGACAUUUCUUGAUACCCUCCCCUUUUAAUACUGAAGCACCUGGCUUGUUAAAUAAGCUAAUCUAUGGGCACUCUCGAGUGAUUUCCAUUGGUGUGCGUAUGUGUGCAUCCCUCUAAGCAUUUUGAAUCGGCAGGGCUUAAGGGUGCCUUGGACUCUGGUAGUCUGCAGCAGCGCCUCUUUUGCCCUGCGACAUUUACACAUACAAACACGCCUGACACACAAUCACUUGUUUGCUGAAUUUUAAGGGCUUGUUUUUUAAGCUCUUCCAGUGUAGUUUUUUGUCCAAAUAUUGGGACGUGUAUCAAAGCAGAGUAUGCUUCAAACAUGAGGAAAUGCCCCGUGAAUACUUUGAAUGUGCCGUGGAGGUGACUGGGUUGACCACACAUACUCUAUGCAUUUCCUUACAUAUAUCACUUAUCCUUUGUGCUCUUUUUUUUGUCUAGCGUCUGUGCUAUUUCCACAUUUACGCUUAGAUUUUUCUUUUAAAUGUUUUUUUGUCUUGGAACUGUUGGUUACCAGCCAGAUUGACAUUAAGGCACGUAGUGGUGAGAGGCAGCAGUUUGCCUUAGUAAAAGCCCAUGGGUGCAGGGAGGCACUGUGAAGCCAGCCUUAACACACACCCUGGGGUCGGAGAAACAUACCUGAACACUUGAUCUGGGACUUUUGGUGGCCACUGGAUUCCCUCUGGUUUUCACCUUGCCAUUCCAAACAGGCUUGUAAACAUCCUGGGGUGUGUUGGAAUAUACUUACCCAGUUAUUUUGUCUGAGUAUUGUUCCUUUUAAUGUGUUAAAAGAAGAAUAUUUUGCUGUAAUACUAAUCACAUUCAAGCGCUCUGUUUUUCAUGCCCCAAAUGGUUAAAAUUAACACAGCAUUGUGUAUCCAGCUAUUGGUUUAAUAUAGAUCUGCUGUUGAUGUUUUACCCCCUUUCUGUGCACUAUAAUCCCCAAAUAAAUGGAAGAAAAUUCCGCAAUCCAAUGUAGACAUUCCAUUAAAGUUAAAUCUGCCCUGUACAUUUUUUAAAAUACCAGGUUACAUUACAAAAGGUAAACCUGGCGUAUAUAGAGAUUAGUUACGAUUGAGGCUCUUGACACAUCACUUCUAUGUGCAAAUUGCAUUUUGUUUAAACUCUUUGUCCUGUACAUAAAUGCAUAGAUGGAGCUGCUGGACAGAUAAUGUGUUCGAUGGAGCACACCUCAUCUAUCAUGAUUUAGGUCAUGGAAUUGCCCUUUAAAAAUAUUGAUGUCAGCUGCACUGAAUUGAGUGACAUGUCUGUCAAACAAAAUCAUGGGACAUUUUCCCAGUACGUAUCAGUAUAGUAAGGGGAUUCCUGGAUAUUGAAAAGUGGCUUGCAUGCUCUGCUGAUUGUAGAGCUUGUUCCUCUUGAGUAUCUGCUUUUAAUUUUGUUUUUCGGUCAAAGCCCAGAACAGUUUUACUCCCAUCUGUGUUUUAAACUCUGUUCUGUGUGUAACGAAAUGCUAAGUGGACAUAUCAGAUGAGUAGGGUGGGCCUGGGGAUCAAUAAAUGGGGUCAAGAUUACAAAGCACUUACUGUACUAUAUUGGAGUUUGCCUCUUUCUGUUGUAAAAGAGGCGUCUCCUCAGCUGAAGCUCUUGAGGUUAUGAGUAAAAACCGCACAGCUGUGUAUCCCCCUUUUCCUCCACAUCCACUUUCCUACAUUUUGUCCCAUUUACCCCCUAAAUAUUUUCAUUCUUUUGCAAAUUUUUAUGCUAAGUUUAUCUGUUGUCAGUAUCUCGUCAUCCUUCACGUUGCAGCUCCCUUGUCCUUCUCCUUUUGUCUCUUUUUUGUACCUUUUUUUUUUUUGUUUUUGUUAGACCUGUCGGUGCAUAUGGUCAUCAAGAAGCUAUUUUUUUUUUUUUUUUUUUUUU